GUGGAGGGCGCCAUCUGCUACUGCCGGGCCCGAUGCGGCCAGGAGGGCUGGCUGGCCCUGUUGGAUCUGUUGCUCAGGCCGCCCGACGGUCGCGAUCCGGACUACUCGGCCGCAUGUCGUGUGCUGGCGGCGGAGGGAGCCGCGCUGGCUCCGCUGCAGCUGCUGGAGGCCCUGAGUGACAGCAUGCCGCUGUAUCUGGCGCACAGCACCCUCAGCCGUAUGAUGGGGGCGCUGCUGCACCGCAGGAGGCAGGGACAGGUGCUGCGGGCACUGCAUAGGGCCCAGAACCUCGCCCUGCGAGCCGAGCUGGCGCAGCUGCAGUCGAGCCGGGUGGUGGUGAGUGAUGAGACGCUGUGUCGGGGCUGCCAGCGGCCGCUGGGGAGCAAGGUCUUCUACCGCUACCCCUCGGGUGUGGUGCUGUGCGGCAGGUGCACCCGGCCUGAGGGCGACAGCACCCCCGCACCCGAGUAGGGUCGGCAGCAGCGGCGGCUACUCGGCUUGAGAGAGAGGAGUGAAGUAGCGGCGGCAGCUAUUCGGCUUAAGAGAGAUAAGAGGAGUGGCCCAGGGGCUGGUGCCGUCAGCAGGUGGUGCCGUUAGCAGGUGGUGCCGUCAGCAGCGGGUGCCGUCAGCAGCGGGUGCCGUCAGCAGCGGGUGCCGUCAGCAGCGGGUGCCGUCAGCAGCGGGUGCCGUCAGCAGCGGGUGCCGUCAGCAGCGGGUGCCGUCAGCAGCGGGUGCCGUCAGCAGCGGGUGCCGUCAGCAGCGGGUGCCGUCAGCAGCGGGUGCCGUCAGCAGCGGGUGCCGUCAGCAGCGGGUGCGGGCAACAGCGGGCUAGCGGCUGGCGGGCAGACCGAAGAGGGGUUGUGGUGGAGCUUUGGUGCUUUCCCGCGCUAAGGUACUAGGGGUUUGGGUAAAGGGUGAGGCGAGGGAAAGAGUUAAGAGACAGUGAGGUGGUGGUGAUGUGGAGGCAUUGGCUGCCCAGACAUCACGGGCCGGGAAGCGGCGAGGAGGAAACGGCGUUAGCUGGGGGCUUGGGAGGCCAGACGAGAGCAGUAGCAGCAGUAGUAGCAGCAGCUGAAGGUAGGAGUGUAGCGUGAAGAAUCCAUAGAGCAUACAUGAUACAUCAAAAGCCUAGCGGUAGGAAAGAUACCGGUAGGGGUUUCCCGGUAGGUGUUCGCAGGUUGAGAGAGCCAGAGCUCCCACCGCCACCACCCAGCAUUGGUAAAGUGUUAGGAGGCUUGGGACUAGCGAGGAGGCAGCAAGCGGGCUUUGUGGUUUGUGUGGAUGCAAUGAGGGGUCUGGCAGCGCGGGGCAGCGCGGGGUAGCUGCCCUAGGAGGGAGGGCAGGUCAGGCAGGGUUGAGGCUGCUGGGGCGUGUGGUGUGCGCAGGCUGGUACCGUGUAGGUUUUGACGGCAGACUGGGGCCUUGUUUCGGAGCUUCCGAUAGCUCUGCAUUAGGAUGGCAGUAGCUGCCCAUCUGCGUGCCUUUUUGUGAGGAGAAGUGGAGGGGAGAGGAGGAUAAGCAGGAUAGGCAUUGUAUGGGGCUCAGGAUGAUGAUGAGGAGCAUUGAUACAGCUAUGUUGGCUAUAUGUAAGCGGCUUGGUGCAGGCCGGUUCGCACGGGGAUGCUGCUUGUUCAGUUGCUUGUGCUCC